AGAAGUUUCAGUGGCUCAGUAGCCGGUAUAUCGCGUAAAGACGGCGCUAUGAUAGUCUGGCUCCGUGAAAUCCCAAGUAACACGUCUUUCCAUUGACUUAGUACUCUAUAUAACUCGCUAAAAACUACUUAAAGACAAGUGCAUUGCAGUAGCUUUGUAGAUUCUAUUCUUUUAAUGAAAAUGGAUAUCCUCUUUUGCUUUCUGAUUCAUGAACUCUGUUAUUAUUAUUAUUAAGUAUCGGAUUUUCUCUAGAUAAGCUGGACACUCAUAAGAGAGGACGAAAAUGUCAGAGGCUGGUGAAAAUGAAUGAAUCUUCGUGAGUUAUGAGAUGAAAGGACAUCAGUGAACUGGAUAGAACUUCCUUCGUCAGAGCAAACUACGUACAAAUAUUCUAUAAAGGAUAUCUUGGAGUAAUUGUAUUGUUUAUUAUUAAGACGAGAGGAUCUCGACUGAAACAGGUUGAAUCCGUCAAUGUCGCUUGACUUAAUGCGAUUAACGGAGAUGUUGACGAUGUUGGGGUGGUAAUCCAGAUAAGCUUUCAUGUCGGGCACACACAAAAACGCACAUGUUUGAUAAAUUUAGAUAUUUUUAUUAAACACUCACUGAAAAAAACUGAAUUGAAUCCUUAAAUGAUUAAAUUACACUGAGAGUUACUUAACAUACGUAAUUGUGAUAUCAAUCCGACUGUGAUGUGGUGACAUAUUUUAAUUCAAUAUAUUUUGGAUUAAAUAUUUGGAUGGGAAUAUAUUUAAUGAUGGUAUAACAUAACAACCAGUUCAAUGAAUGCACUGGUCAUGUUGGAUUGUCUAAAUCUGACAAUGGAAGCUCAACACAACAUGAGCAUUGCUAAUGACGAAGCGAAAAAACUCUUUGAGGAAGUCAGCCAUGUUGUUUAUGGUUUUGGCAUACCGUCUGUAUGUUUAUUCGGUAUCUUUGGUAACGUGUUAAACUUGUGUAUAUUAACCAGACGAAAACUACAAAAGGCCUUCAAAAGACUGGAGUUAUCUGCUAAUUUGUGCCUAGUUUCACUCGCCGUGUCGGAUCUAAUGUUUUGUUUCUUUGCCUUCCCGACGGUGUUUUUACCCCAAGAUGAUGUUUACACCAGCAGGGGGUUUGUUUUGUAUUACAGAAUCUACUGUGCCGCCAUUAUUAACGUGUUCAUCAUCAUUAGCACGUGGUUAACUGUUGCUAUGGCGUUAGAACGAUAUCUCGCGAUAUGUCAUCCGUUACGUCAGGAUAUUUACUUGACAACCAGUAGGAUCAAAUGUGUUAUUGUGAUAACUUACGUGUUCUCAUUCACCUUCAACAUUCCUGUCUUGUGGCGGUAUGAAGUUCGACAACUCUGCACAAACACCAGUACAAAAGUUUAUAUACCAAAUCCUAUUCCUCUGUGGAAUGAUCGACAGAUCGACACGGCUUAUCGGAUAAUCUGGGCGGUGAUCGGUAACUUUAUUCCACUUGUUCUUUUGCUCUAUUUUAAUGUCUGCCUGUGCCGUAAAAUUUACAAAUCCUACAAAAUGCGACAAGCGUUUAAACGUGAUCGUCGCAGUGAUCAUUCGUCGACGAGCACGAGCCAUACAAUAACGAUAACUCUCGUUGUCAUCAUCGUCAUGUUCUUCAUCUUGGUGGCGCCAUCUGAGAUAGUCAUCCAUCUAGCUAGAAUCACGGACAAUGAGAGCAACUACACGUAUUUAACUAUCGAGGCUGUCAUGAAUUUUAUGCAGUCUGUCAAUUUCUCCGUUAAUUUCAUUCUCUACUGUAUCAUAAGCCCUUACUUCAGAAAAACCCUGAAAUAUUUGUUUUGUUGUGGCUGCUGGAACAUUUACCAAGUGUCUAAACAAUGGAAAAAGGAGUUUGAAACAUCGCUAAUGUAAACUAAAACAAAACAACGACGUGUUAUAACAAUUUGAAAAAAAAACUAAGAUGGCGAUGUUUUGUGUUACGUUAGCACGGAUUUUCUACAUUGCUUAAUCAUUUGUAAGCAGAACAGAAUUAGAAAUAACAUUAAAUCAUCAUUAUUUGUUUACUUCAACAUAAUUGUGAAGAUUAUUCUUUAAAAAGAGGCACAAUUUGUGGAUAUUAGGUGUCGGUUUUGUGUUCCCUAAACGCGACCCUUUUCAAAGAAAUAUUAAGUUUAUGUGGAAUUAUACCCACCAUUAUUUUGUUUUCUAAAGAUCGUGUAAAUAAAUUUAAAAUAUUUUAAUAAACGUUGUAUAGCCUACUCACAAACGAUACCGUGCCUGUUAUCUAGGCUGGAUGUACUUACAAAGACACUCAGCGGGAGUCGAACUCAUUCAUGAAAUUACUGAUGGGCAUUAUUAACUUGAUAUAUCUUAAGCGUUUAGUGUGAAGCCCCAGCUAGACACCAAAACCUCAUCUGCAUAGACAUCACAGAGGGCAAGUAUCAUCGUAAGGUUUAGUUGUUAGGGCAAUAUGGCGGAAAGAUUGUGGAGUUGUUCUGGGAUCCAGACUAGCCUGAAGCUCAAGGACAAUUUAUUACGUUUUUAAACCAUGAUUCGAUAAACCACCAAUCACAUGGAUUGUAAUAAAAAUGCGCUUACAUAUAACACUCAUCCUAAUAGGUUAAUAAAUAACCCGAUUUUAUAUAAAA